AUGCUCAAAAUACUGUCAUCACCCUCAACACACCGUGCUUCCCCAAAACUGCCACCGUUCUCCAAUACACCGUGCUUCCCAAAGACUGCCACCGUUCUCCAAUACACCGUGCUUCCCAAAAACUGCCACCGCUCUCCAAUACACCGUGCUUCCCAAAAACUGCCACCACCCUCCAACCCACCGUACUUCCCAAAAACUGCCACCACCCUCCAACCCACCGUGCUUCCCAAAAACUGCCACCACCCUCCAAACCACCGUGCUUUCCAAAAACUGCCACCACCCUCCAACCCACCGUGCUUCCCAAAAACUGCCACCACCCUCCAACCCACCGUGCUUCCCCAAAACUGCCACCACCCUCCAACCCAAUGUUCUUCCCAAAAACUGCCACCGCUCUCCAAUACACCGUGUUUCUCAAAAACUGCCAGCACUCUCCAAUACACCGUGUUUCCCAAAAACCUGUCACCACCCUCCAAUCCACCGUGCUUCCCAAAACCUGUCACCACUCUCCAACCCACCGUGCUUCCCAAAAACUACCACCACCCUCCAACCCACCGUGAUUCCCAAAAACUGCCACCACUCUCCAAUACACCGUGUUUCCCAAAAACUGCCACCACUCUCCAAUACACCGUGCUUCCCAAAAACUACCACCACCCUCAAACCCACCGUGUUUCCCAAAAACUGCCACCAUUCUCCAAUACACCGUGUUUCCCAAAAACUGCCACCACUCUCCAAUACACCGUGUUUCCCAAAAACUGCCACCAUCCUCCAACCCACCCUUCAACCCACCCCGUUUCCCAAAAACUGUCACCACCCUACAACCGCCGUGCUUCCCAAAAACUACCACCACCCUCCAACACAACCGUGAUUUGUUCACACCCUAUAAAGUUGGGGGUUUUACAUAUAUGGUGA